ACAGUUAUUAAAAAAAGAACUCAAAUUUUCACAAAUUUGUGGCCAAACAGGUGCUUAAUAUAUUUGAGGGGACUAUUGUGAACUUACCUAAAACAUGAGGGAUCUUUUUUGUCAUUUUCUGUCUACAAAAACCCCCAAAGCCCAGCUAUAUAUAAACCAUUUCUAGACUUUGGAGAAUUAGAGAAAAACCAUUUUUACAAAAACCAACUCAAAGCUCAGAGAGAGAGAUAUGAAGAGAGAUAGUUGCCUGGCACGUGUGACUGCAGGUGUAGCUGUUGGUGGUGCAAUUGGUGGUGCUGUUGGUGCUGUUUAUGGGACAUAUGAGGCUGUUCGAUACAAGGUUCCCGGCUUGAUGAAAAUUCGAUACAUUGGACAAACUACGCUGGGAAGUGCUGCGAUUUUCGGUCUCUUCUUGGGUGCUGGAAGCUUGAUACACUGCGGAAAGUCCUAUUAACCGUGUCUUUUUUGCUCCGGCUGCGGAGCGUAUGAAUUUCCUGGAAUGUAGAUAGACCAAAAGAGGAAAGUGCAGACUAAAACUCUUUUUGUCUUCAAGAGUUUAGAACAAUAUGAUCAUUACCAGAAGAAUGUUUCGUAUAUUUUCCGAAUUUGUUUUUCGUUUCGAUUGAGUAUUCUGUUAGCUUUUAGCUCCA